GCAGAAGGCAGUUUGGUCCUUCUUCACGCAACUUGAGGUCUAAGGUGGGAAAGUAAAUUUCCGCGUUUUGAUCGGAUAAAACUACACAUGUAUCGCUUUACAGUUGUCAAUUUAAUGACCUAGCAUAGACGAUCUGCCUACCUUCGUGUCAUUGCUGACUCCUUUCUCGACUUCUUCGUCUACUCUUUAUUUUUUCUCUUGACAUCGCAGGAUGGCGGGCUUGAAAUCGAUGAAGUCGAAACUUCCUCGUAGCUGGGGGUGGGUUGUGACUGGCGCUGCGUUUGUCAUGCAUUUCUUUGUCUUUGGAAUCAUGUAUUGCUUCAGCAUUACUUUCGUUACUCUCCAAGAAGAAUUUUCUACCAGUUCAACAGCUACCUCAUGGGCAGGCUCUAUUCCGAUCGGCUUGGGUACCAGUGCAGGGGUGAUCGUCACUCCACUCAUCAAGCGAUUCGAGAAUCGACCGGUGGCUAUUGUGGGGGUCCUUCUAACUUGUACAUCCAGUUUCGUUACGUCAUUCAUCACGGACUUCAGGCUCAUUUACUUCACAUACAGCGCAGUCUUCGGCUUGGGUGCUGGAUUUUGUUCUCUGUCUUCGAUGGACCUCUUGCUUCAAUAUUUCCCAAGGAAGCACUGUUCACGGGCUACUCUUAUCUCAUUGGUUGGGUCAAGUACAGGUAUGCUUGCUCUCGGCCCUCUGACAUACACGUUGAUCGAGAACUGGGGUUGGCGGAACAUGUUCCGUUUCCUUGGAGCUUUGAUGCUACUCAUUGCACUUCCAGCUACGAUGACGUUUUCACGUCCCAAACCACAUAAAAAUAAAUGCACAGCAGACAAACGGGAUGUUAAUCAAGAUAAAAAGAUCUUAGAAUGUGGAACCGAGGAGAAGGGAAUAACCUUUGACAAGUCCAACAACUUAAGUCCGGGCAUGGUCACUGGGAACCCAGGAGAUGUUCAGGAACAGUUGAACAACAAGGAAAGAAUUCUUGAGCAAGGUAGAUCUAUCGCAUGUGUGACAGCCUAUGACAAUGUAGGGUUUUCCAUGGAAGAGAUAAAUGGGCGUGGACAAAUCAGUGGCAAUGGACAUCAGUCAGAUAUCCAGAACAACAUGGAGAAAGACUCAGCUGAUGUGGUUCUGGCGGAAGAACUGAUGGACAAUAAGGAUAAGGGUCAAGUGUUAAGAAAAGAGCAAGGACUUCGUACUGACCUUUCAGAAGAUGACAAAGUUGGUCUGAAACAACUGGGACCACUUUCCCCAGUCGCUCCUGAUUUAGUGACGAACAUAGAGAGAGGACAACCUAAUCAACAAUUAACACCACAAGUAAAAGAUCUUAAGAAUGUAACAGUCGUCCAACCGGUAGUGUUGUCAAUUGAUACUAUAGCCGAAGAUGAUGUCACGUCAUUUACAACCAUCAGCAUUUCAACGAACAUUCAGCGUCACACCAUUUCUGUCUCUGACAUCCAGUGUGUCAAACAAGGAAAAGAAUACGCACCUUCGCGUGUGGUGCAGCCGAAGAAUUUGGAAGUGGAAAAAGAACAAGGGUUUUUCCAAAGAUACAGAGCACUAUUCUAUCCUGAUCUCUGGCUCAUCUGCAUCUGCAUCACAGGUCUUCCAAUGAUGAACACAUUCUAUUAUAUCAAUAUGGGAGAUUUCCUUAUAUCGAGAGGUUUCGAACGUAACGUGGUCCCAUGGGUGGUCACAACGUUUGGGAUCUCCGAAUUGGCUGGUAAAAUUGUGUUGGCUGUUGUAGCUGAUCGUCUGCCCUUCCCCAAGAUCUUCAUCUAUAACUUCGCCUGUGCGGUCGGCAUGGUUGUCAUGGGCUGUCUGCUGGUAGUCAGAUCAGUCGCCUUGUUAAUCUGCCUCGCAGUUGCGAUCGGAAUGGUAGUGAUGAUGGUGGCCGAUGCGCUAGCUUACUCAAUCUGUAACCAGAUUUUCAAACCAGAAGAUUUGGUUCAAACAUGGACUGUUGUCAUGGUUACACAAGGAUUUGGAUACAUGCUGGGUUCCUUGUUUGGUCAGAGCAUAGACCGUACUGGUUCAUACAACUCUGCCAUCUUUUCCAGUAUCGGGAUAUACGCCCUCUGCGCUUUGGUGUGUACAGCGGUUCCACUUUAUCAGAGGUUUUUCGCGCCAGAAAGAUAUGUGAUGUUUGAAAACCAAGAUGCAUGUCGAAGAAAACGGACAAUAAAGAAACGGUACAAACCAGAUGACAUGGUCAAAGUACCUAAAUAGUUUGCACGUGUUUUUCAAGCGAGAAAACUCUUAUGGUAUGUAUGGUGCGGAGGUUGGACUAAGCAUAAACAAAUCUAUAGACCUGUUAUUAUAUAAAAUCAUAGCUAUAUUCGUUCAUGUUCUUUUAUGAUGGCCAGUAAUAAAAAAAAACGUUC